AUGGGUAGGCAGAUGGAUAAUGUCACCGCAAUGACGGAAUUCAUCCUAACUGGGCUUUCUGACCUCCCAGCCAUCCGCUUCUCCUUGUUUGUGGCCUUCCUGCUGAUCUAUCUGGUCACACUACUGGGCAAUGGCACCAUCCUCCUUGCCAUAGGAACCAAUUCUCAGUUGCACAACCCCAUGUACUUCUUCCUCGGUAAUAUUUCCUUGCUGGACAUCUUCUGCCCCACAGCUACAGUGCCCAAGAUGCUGGAGAACCUCUUGACUGAAAACAGUUCCAUCUCCUUUGCUGGCUGUGUGCUACAGCUCUACUUCCUGGUGGCCCUGGCAGGGACCGAAGUCUUCCUGUUGGCCGUCAUGGCCUACGACCUCUACGUGGCCAUAUGCAACCCUUUGCGAUACACGGUCAUCAUGAACAAGAAGCUUUGCCUUCAGAUGGUUUCAGGGACAUGGGCCACCGGCUUCCUCAACUCCUUGUUGCACACUGUAAUGACUUUCACGCUUCCUUACUGCCAACUGAAUAAGGUCAACCAAUAUUAUUGUGACAUCCCACCUGUGUUGGCUUUAGCGUGUGCUUCCACCUACGUGGCUGAGAUGGUUGUCCUUAUCUUUGGGGGAAUUUUCGGGGUGGGGGCAUUUCUGGUCACGCUGAUCUCUUACGUUCAUAUCAUCUCCUCCAUUCUGAGGAUCCGUUCUGCAGAAGGGAAGCGCAAGGCGUUUUCCACUUGUGCCUCUCAUCUAAUAGUGGUCUGCCUUUUCUAUGGGACUACGAUCUUCACUUAUGCCAGGCCCUCCUCAAGCCACCAUCCAGACCAGGACAGGCUGGUGAGCAUGCUGUAUGGGGUGAUUACCCCAAUGCUGAACCCCUUAAUCUAUAGCCUUAGAAACAAGGAAGUGAAAGGAGCCUUGAAAAAGCUGAUAAAUCCUAAAUAA